AUGACUACGUGCCGUCUGCUGUGCACCCUGUUGGUGCUCGCCCUGUGCUGCUGCUUAUCCGUGUGCGUGACAGCGAAUGCUAAUUCUUCCAGUAACACAACUACAACCACGACAACGACAAAGCCACCAACUACGACCACAACCACGACAACAAAGGCACCAACUACGACUACAACCACGACAACGACAAAGCCACCAACGACGACUACAACCACGACAACAAAGGCACCAACUACGACUACAACCACGACGACAGAGGCACCAACUAUUACGACGACAGAGGCGCCAACCACGAAGACCACCCACGCACCGUCACGUAUUCGCAAAAUUGACGGCAGCUUCGGCAACGCUGCGUGGGUGUGUGCCCCGCUUGUGCUUGCCGUAUCCGCGCUGGCGUACACCACUCUGGGCUGA